GGAGGCCCCAAGGCCCUAAGCGCCCGAGCCGUCCGCCCAAUCGCUCCCCGCGAUGGGACGGGCCCUUUUGAAGCUGUGGCUGUGUGAACUCUGGGUACUGCUGCUGGAUGCCGGGGUGGACGCGAAACUUCUGCCGCACGAAGAGGACGUGUAUUUUAUCAAUGAGUACGUGAACCUCCACAAUGAGCUCCGGGGCAACGUCUUCCCCCAAGGGUCUAACUUGCGCUUCAUGACUUGGGAUGUAGCUUUGUCACGGACUGCUAGAGCAUGGGGGAAGAAAUGUUCACAUGAGCGUAAUCCUUAUUUAGGAAAACCAUACAUGGCCCAUCCUAAAUUUAAUGAUAUUGGUGAAAAUAUGUGGAUUGGCCUUGAAAAUGAAUUUACUGCCAGUAUUGCUAUCAGAAGUUGGUACAAAGAGAAGACAAGGUACCAUAUUGAAAAUGACAGCUGCUCUCGUGACUGUUCUAAUUAUAAACAGGUUGUUUGGAACACAUCUUACAAAAUUGGUUGUGCUGUUACUCCAUGUUCAAGAGUGGGACAUAUCACACGUGCAGCAGUUUUCAUUUGCAACUAUGCACCAGGAGGAGCUCUGUCAAGAAGGCCUUAUACACCAGGAGUAGAUUGUUCUCAAUGUAACAAAUAUGACAGAUGCACAGAUUAUCUAUGCAGUAAUGCAGAUCGUGACGAAGUCAUAUAUUACCGAUUUUGGUAUCCAAGAUGGGAAGUUCCCCGGCCAAUUGUGUGUGACCCACUGUGCUUGCUUACUUUCUUCCUGAGAACGCUGUGUUUUACACGACAUUUGGCAAAAUCUGGGAACAUUACUGAAGUCAUGACCAGGAAGGUGCUGCUGGUAUCUAGUGGUAAGAGACCAGGAACGCUGAUAACCAUCUUACAAUGCGGAAGACAGCCCCCACGGUAUAUCGCCUAGACUUCAUCAUUGGAGCAAGACCUCUGAUGGGACACUGGCUGAUACGGUGUUCUAUUCCUAUGGAUCAAUCACUCGUGAGACCACACAUGGCGGUGUUAGCUAAUAUUCUUGGGGACAGUAAAGUCACACUCAUACUCAGAAAAGAUGUAAUA